ACAGUUGUUUAAACACGAAAUCUUCUCCUGACACGCUACUGAAGGGACACAUUCACUUUGUUUGGUCCAGGCGACCUGUGCAGCCGCCUGGGCGAGGGUCCAUCGAGGCUAGGCUCCAUGGAGGCUAGGUGUUCUUGUAAAAAAUAAGCUGCUGUGAAAGUAACUAAAUUAAAGUUGUCUGACUUUAAAUUGAAUUAAUGUGAGCAACCGAAGGAACGACUAAAGCCAGCCAUGACUGUGGUAAUCGGGUUUGAAGGCAGUGCCAAUAAGAUCGGGAUUGGAAUCAUCAGGGAUGGGGAAGUUCUUUCCAACCCUCGUCGGACUUACAUCACACCUCCUGGUCAAGGAUUCAUGCCCAGCGACACCGCCAGGCACCACCGUGCUGUCAUACUGACUGUCCUGAAGGAGGCUCUGCAACAAGCAGGGCUGCAGCCUGCAGACAUCGACUGUGUGGCGUACACCAAAGGUCCUGGUAUGGGUGCCCCCUUGGUGACGGUGGCUCUCGUGGCUCGUACAGUAUCGCAGCUUUGGGGGAAACCGCUGCUCGGUGUCAACCACUGUAUCGGACACAUCGAGAUGGGUCGACUCAUCACCAAAGCCAACAACCCCACUGUGCUGUAUGUCAGUGGGGGCAACACACAGGUUAUUGCGUACUCAGAGCAGCGGUACAGGAUAUUUGGAGAGACCAUCGACAUUGCAGUUGGAAACUGUUUGGACAGGUUCGCCAGAGUUCUAAAGAUUUCCAAUGACCCCAGUCCAGGCUACAACAUAGAGCAGAUGGCCAAAAAAGGGAGUCAGUAUGUGGAGCUGCCAUAUACUGUUAAAGGAAUGGACGUGUCAUUUUCUGGGAUUUUAUCCUACAUUGAGGAGGCUGCUAAUAAGAUGCUGAGCUCUGGUCAGUGUACAGCAGAGGACCUGUGUUUUUCACUGCAGGAGACGCUAUUCUCCAUGCUGGUGGAGAUCACAGAGAGGGCCAUGGCUCACUGCGGCUCCGAGGAGGUCCUCAUCGUCGGUGGCGUUGGCUGUAACCUGCGUCUGCAGGAGAUGAUGGAUGUGAUGUGUCAGGAGCGAGGGGCUAAGCUGUUUGCCACAGAUGAAAGAUUCUGCAUAGACAACGGAGCAAUGAUUGCCCAAGCUGGCUGGGAGAUGUUCAGGUCUGGUCAGGUGACGGAGCUGAAGGACUCAUGGAUAACACAAAGGUAG